AUGGAGAGCUCCCGCCUGCGGCUGCUGCCCCUCCUGGGCGCCGCCCUGCUGCUUCUGCUACCUUUGCUGGGUGCCGGUGCUCAGGAGGAUGCCGAGCUGCAGCCCCGAGCUCUGGACAUCUACUCUGCCGUGGAGGAUGCGUCCCAUGAGAAGGAGUUGCCAAGGCGGCAACUUCGGGCUCCGGGCGCUGUGUUGCAGAUUGAAGCGCUGCAGGAAGUCUUGAAGAAACUCAAGAGUAAACGUAUUCCGAUCUACGAGAAGAAGUACGGUCAAGUCCCCAUGUGUGAUGCUGGAGAGCAGUGCGCAGUGCGGAAAGGGGCCCGGAUCGGGAAGCUGUGUGACUGUCCCCGAGGAACUUCCUGCAAUUCCUUCCUCUUGAAGUGCUUAUGA